AUGACACAGUCAAAGAAAAACACUAAAAAAAAGGAUAGGAUAUUCUGUUCAAUAAAUACACCGUUCAGUAGAAGAUUGGAAACUGCAGCUGUAACAUGGCAAGUUAGUUGUAUUUUCAUUUUUGCCAUUUUUUCACUAUUCGUACUAGCAAAUCCACUUUUAUUAUUCACUAUAUUUUUUCCAUAUUUAAUAUACUAUGUAUUUGAUAGAACCCCAGUAAACGGCGGCGUUGUUAGAAGGUAUUCAAAAUUUUUCAGGAGUUUGAAAAUAUGGAAAUAUUAUUGUAACUACUUUCCAAUUAAAUUAUACAAAACUUGUGACCUGAAACCUACAUUUACCCCCCAAAACGAACUUGUUGGACCUAAAUAUAUCUUUGGCUAUCAUCCCCACGGGAUAUGUGCAUUGGGUUCAUUCGGCGCUAUUUCCACAGAGGGAGUCAAUUGGAGUCUAAAAUUCCCUGGAAUACCUACUUGUUUAAUGACUCUAGUUAAUGUGUUUAACAUCCCAUUUUAUAGAGAUUAUUUACUGGGCUUGGGUGUGACUGCGGUAUCAAGGCAAAAUGCGAUUAAAGUGCUGAAACAAAAUUAUUCUAUUUGCAUUGUUAUUGGUGGUGCACAAGAGUCUUUGCAUGCUAAAGUUCAUAAGGCUGAAUUAAUAUUAGACAAGAGAAAAGGAUUUGUUAAGUUAGCAUUAGAGGUUGGUAACGUAGGUUUAGUUCCAAUUUUUGCAUUUGGAGAAAAUGAAAUAUAUAAUGUACUCAGUACCGAGAAUAAAUCUUUGACUAGAAGAUUCCAAUUAUGGAUGAAAAAUAGAUGGGGGUUUACCAUACCGCUUUUUUAUGCGAGAGGGAUAUUUAAUUAUGACUGGGGAUUUAUACCCUUUAGACACCCCAUAAAUUUAGUUUUUGGUAAUCCAAUAAUGGUACCCAAACUAGAAAACUUUUCCGAAAAAGACGUUGAUAAUUAUCAUGGACUUUAUGUUAAAGAGUUAAGUAGAAUUUUCAAUGAAUAUAAAGCUAAAUUUGGAUAUAAUGAUGUAGAGUUGGAAUUAGUAGCAUAA